AUGUGCGUGUUAUUAAGGAAGAAGAUUCACUUGAUUAUUCAGCUCUUUCAGGCUGCCAAUAAAAUAAUUGGCAAAGUCCCCUUUUUAUUUCAACCUAUUUGGACGUUUGUAAUACUUACAUUAUUCUGGGUGUUCUGGGUGGCUGUGCUCCUUAGCUUAGGAACUGCAGGCAGUGUGCAAGUCAUUCCAGGAGGCCAAGUGAAAUACAAAAUUCAAUUUGGAAUCCGCUACAUGUGGUGGUAUCAUUUACUGGGGCUUAUGACAAGUGAAUUUAUUCUAGCAUGUCAGCAAAUGACUAUAGCUGGGACUGUAGUUACUUGCUUCUUCAACCGAAACAAGAGUAAACUAUCAAGUCAUCCAAUCCUGUCUUCCAUAUCAGUUCUUUUUUGUUAUCAUCUGGGAACAGUUGUCAAGGGGUCCCUUAUAAUCUCUAUCAUGAGAGUCCCAAGGAUUGUUUUAUUGUCUCUUUAUAACGUUCUGAAAAAUAAGGAGAAUGUAUGUGCAAGGUGUAUUUUCAAAUGCUGUUUUUGCAGUUUCUGGUGCCUAGAAAGAUUUCUUGGAUAUUUAAACCAGAACGCAUAUGCGGCAACUAUCAUAAAUGGGACAAAUUUUUGUACCUCGGCUAAAGAUGCCAAUGUUAUUUUAUCAAAAAACGUAACUAACACCAUGGCAAUCAACUGCUUCUGUGACUUCGCUGUCCUUCUUGCAAAGGUGUUCGUAGCAUGUUUCACCGUUUUUGGGGGCUUGAUGGCAUUUAACUACCACCAGGACUUAAAAGUUUGGGCCUUGCCGCUGCUGCUGGUUGCUGUUUUGGCUUAUUUCAUUGCCCAUAACUUCUUAUCAGUAUUUCAGACUACAGUGGAUGUUCUUUUCCUUUGCUUUGCUGUGGAUGUAGACAAUGAUGGCUCUUCAGAACCCUACCUAAUGGAUCAAGAUUUAAUGAACUUUGUCUAUCAGAACAGCAAGCUUGCAAAGAUCGAAGAAAGAAAUAGAAGAAUAUUUUAUAACAACGAGUACAGCAUUGAAUUGCAGCUUGUGAGCUGAAAUUGAGAUGGCUUUAAAAAACUACAUGCAGCGAAGAUCGGGGAUAACAAAUUCCCUGAAUUGAUUUGUAUAUUUUGCACUAAAAGAAAUGAUUUGGUCCACUUUCACUUUGUGCAAAAAAAAAAAAAAUGUCUUCAGCUUUUAUGACUUUGUUAAGAAUUUAUUUAAGAUAUUUUAUUAAAGUAUAUUAAUGAUCAA